UUUCCCGACUCUUCACCAGUUCCGAUAAGAGCUUGAAGAAGGACAAACACCUUCAGGCGCUGUCAGAUAUAGGGACUCUCAAGAAGCAUUCCCGGGACAUUCUUGGAAGGGAUACGUCAUGUUCUCGCUGUUACAAAAUGAAGUAAUAAACGUCGUUCAGCUGGGCAAGUCGUCCCUCUACCGCAUGGUGGUGAAGUAUGCCAACCCGCUCAAGGACCCAGUGGUCGCCACUAUACUGGUCACCCCGGAGAACCCUGGAGAUUCGCAGCAAACACAUAACGUGCUUCUAAGACCGACUGUGAAGCCCCAACUGGUAACCGUGGCGGGCGACAAAGGCAACACCCCGUCACCGUUCGUCAUGGAUGCUGGGAACUGGACGGUCACCAUCAAGACCAACAAGGAAGUGCUUAUUGACUACUUCGUCCUGAUCCCCGAAGCGUAUUACGAAGCUACCGUCCUCAAGAAGCUGGUAGACCGUCCCUGCACCAUCGGAGACCAGGACUUGUGCCGCGAGUUCAGAUACCCGAAGCUUAGCUCGUACCCUACCAUUGAUGCCGGCGGGUUGACCACAGCCGCUAGCGAUUAUUUGGAUGAUAAUGUGCAACUAAGCGAACUCGGCGUGCCAGCCUCCACGAUCCCAGUACUAGGCACCCAGCCCCUCACCUAUAACUGGAUCAUAAAACCCAACGGCCCCUACAUCAUCGUCUUCGAAUACGUCACCCCUGUGGACCGUAACUCCAUUGACAUGGUCGGAAACCGCGCGAAGAUCAACAGCAUCAUCAAUGUGAACUUCAAGAGUGGGAGUCAGGAGUCCCAGGGGAGAUUGGUCCUUAAUGAGUGUCUGUACACGAAGCCGUGUAGACAGGUGGUGACUGAUGAUAAGGCGAGGGCGUUUGUGGCCGAGGUGUUGGAUGAGAAUAAUGAGAUCACAUUGGAGGGCAACGCCGAUAACCUGGCGGCCAUAAAGUCGAUCACGGCGAUACCUCAAUCGGAAUGGCACUUGGCGUACAUCACACCCAAACCUUACACCCUCAGGAGGAAUGGCGAGACUUUCGUCAAUGGAUUCGACAACGCUAACACUAAAGAGGUGAAAAUCGAGCCUACAGACAACAGCACGACCCCCGUGUCCGUAGUGGCCGGUUCUAAGCCUGUGACUGUAGAUAUCUCUGUGCCCACUCCUGGACCCUAUGAAUUCCUGCUGCAUUACCACCAGCCCGAUCAUCCAGAGAGCUCCAUCGAUGUUACCAUCUCGUGCGGUAACGACAUUCACGCCGGUCGAGUGACUCUGCCUUUCUGUGGCUCUUCAUCCGGGUGCAGGGAGCUGCUUAAGCUGCCGAGCGAGAUUUUUGACGUCACUGACAACUGCUCGUUGACUUUUGAGGGGGCCGACAACAAAGGGGUGUCCCUCCAAAGCGUGCUGAUCAUCGAACCCCGGUACUUCACGGAGUCGGUGCUCGUGGAAGCCAACAUGAUGGACUACACCAGAGAGUUCAUUACCAAGUGCGCUAGCAACCAUUAUUACAUCGAGCCUGAGGUCACUGGAUUCUGCCGAGACGCUGUGUUCUCAAUAACGGCUGAGUACAACAGCGGUACCCUCUCCUGCGCGUGCGACGUCGAAGGAUCCACGGACUUUGAGUGCGAACCUUUCGGUGGACAGUGCAAGUGUCGGGAGAAUGUUGUUGGUCGGACCUGCGAAGCCUGUAAGACCGGCUACUACGGUUUCCCAAACUGCCGACCUUGCCAUUGCUCGCAAGCUGCCAUCUGUGAUGACGACGGCCAGUGCAUCUGCCCCCGCAACGUAAUCGGAGAGAACUGCAACGAGUGCAAGCCCCUGACGUUCAACUUCGACGAAUACCGCGGCUGUGACGACUGCAACUGCAACCCGCUCGGUGUGGUCGAUGGCAAUCUGGAGUGCGAUAAGCAGAGCGGAAACUGCCAAUGCAAAGAGAACGUGGUAGGGCGCGUGUGCGACCGCUGUGUGCCCGGACACUACGCGUUCCCCGAUUGCGUUCAGUGCUCGUGUAACACGGACGGCACCACGGACGACGUUUGUGAUCAGGACACGGCACAGUGUUAUUGCAAGAAAUACGUGCGGUCACAGGCUUGUGACGUCUGCCAAGAGGAGUACUUCAACCUGCAGGCCCGCAACCCUGACGGGUGCACCAAGUGCUACUGCUUCGGAAGGACUACCAGGUGUUCCAGCUCUUACCUCACUUGGGUCAAGCUGGAAGGCAUGACCGGCUGGCACCUCGUGAACGUGGAAACCAAUCGCACCAUCUCCGUCUACCCUCACACUGCGCCUCCGAGUCAGGUCAACGACACCAUCAUAGGCGUGGAACUGGCUAUUGACAAGGAUAACCAAAAACUAGUGUACUUCGCUGCUCCUGAACACUUUACUGGCAAGCGGCUGACAUCAUACGGUGGAAACCUCACCUACUCCAUCUUCUACGUGUCUCGAGAAACCGGGAAAGCUAUUCUUGCUGCGGAUGUCAUUAUCGGUGGACCAAAUGGCUACAUUUACCACAACAGUAUCGAAACACCAGCACCACAAACCAACUGGAUCCACAGCGUGCCGCUAACCGAGGAGUCGUUCACCAACCUGGACAACACCGCUGUCACCAGAGACCAGUUCAUGAACACCCUCGUCAAUGUCACUGCCAUCUACAUCAGGGCCACUUUCGAAGACGAGUCUGUUACAACAAGGUUGAUAAACGUCACACUGGACGUUGCUGUCCAACCGGACCUCUACGCCCCCAUAACUGACCGCGCCUUCUCCGUGGAACAGUGCCAAUGUCCCCCAGGCUAUAAGGGCACGUCCUGUGAGCAGUGUGCUUCAGGGCACUAUAGGCUGAGCUCGGGAACUCACGCAGGGUACUGUGUGCCUUGCGAGUGCAAUGAGCAUUCGCAGGAGUGCGAUGUUAAUACUGGAGUUUGCUUGGACUGUGGUGGCAAUACAAUGGGUGAUCAUUGCGAAAUGUGCGUGCCCGGUUACUAUGGAGACGCCACGCGUGAGGAUUGCGAAAUUUGCGCCUGUCCCUUGCCGUAUCCUUCUAACAACUUCGCUCUGAGCUGUGAUUUGAGCGCGAACGCUGAGCUGAUCUCCUGUCAGUGCAAGCCUGGCUACGGCGGUCCUCGGUGUGAGUUCUGUACAGCCGGAUACUAUGGAGAACCUGAGGAGCUUAAUGAUUAUUGCAAACCCUGCAACUGUUCCGGCAACAUCAACCCUCUUGACCCGUCGUCGUGCGACAGUGUGACAGGAAACUGUCUGAAAUGUGUCAACAACACAGCUGGAGCAGCGUGCAAUCUUUGCGCACCUGGGUUCUAUGGAGACGCUGUCUUUAGCAAGAACUGUACUGCUUGUAACUGCGACGAAUACGGCAUGGACCACUGCGACCACACAACCGGAACGUGCGUGUGUAGACCCGGCGUUAUAGGAGAGAGUUGCGACGCGUGCGCGCCGGAUCACUUCGGUCUGUCCAGUGGUCUGGGAUGCAUGCCGUGCCAGUGUGGCUUGGCUAGUGAGAGCAGCCAAUGCGACCUUGAGACUGGACAGUGCAAGUGCGCGAAGGGUGUGACUGGCAGACAUUGCGAGCAGUGCGCAGCUGGUUACUGGAACUACACCAAAGACGGAUGCGACCAUUGCAACUGUAACAAGGGCUACUCUCUCGGAUUCAUGUGCAACGCUCAAUCGGGCCAGUGCGAGUGCCUCCCGGGAGUCAUUGGAGAGAAAUGUGACCGCUGUCCGGAAAGAUGGGUGCUGGUUCCCCAACAAGGCUGUCAAGAAUGCGAUUCUUGCACCGACGCUCUUGUCAUUUCCGUCGAGGAGAUGAGCGCUAGGCUUGCCAACGAAACUCAGGAGUUUAAGGAUAAAGCCGACUCAUUCUUCACCACACAAAGGCUGAACUACAUUUCCAACCAAACCGCCUCACUGCGUCCCCGCCUGGCUGAGCUACGCAGCGUCGACGUUAACGCUGCGACAAACGCUGUAGACACUAUCGAAAAUUCUGGACGAGGCCUUCUUAGAUCUUCGGAAUUCGCAGCGACAGACAGCGAGAAGCAAAUCACCAACGCCGGCGUCCUGACUUCUGACGCAGACAUCGUUCUGUCUUCUAUACGUGACAGCGCCCGAGCGGCCGAGGCGAUGGUGCAGCAUGUGGCUGACUUGGCGACGGGUCUGGAGCUGAGCCAGCAACCAAAGGUUGACAGCGCACUGACGGAGGCGCAGCAGAUUAGGGAUGAUGUUAAAGAAAAAGACCUGGCACCCAAGAGGAUCCAAGCAUUAGACGUCCACACGAACGCGACGCAACAGCUAGAGAGGAUGAGCCUCUUCGUUCAACCCGUCAACCAACAAGCCACGGACUUCGAAAAGCUGGUAGCUGAGGCGCGUAAGCUCAAAGUGAAGAUGGAAGACAUGAUGGAACACACGGCCGCCGCCAACCAGCGGGCUGAUGUUGCUGACAGGCUUAAAGCUAGCAACAAAAACUCCAAAUUCAGCGACAAAGUGGCUUCCGUGGGUAACCUCAACUCCGAAGCCAUGAAGGACCUAAUAGACGCUGGUGCCGACAUCGCCAACGCCACCAGACUUAACAACCUCGCCGCUGCUAUAGUUACCAACGCUUCUGCAGCUUUAGAAAGCCUCAAUGAGGAGAAUAACAAGUUGGAACAGGCGCUGAAGGACCGUGGUGAAGAGAUCCCGAGUCUGUACCAUGCGACGGAUGCUGCUAGGAGUCAUGCUGAUGAUUUGAAGAGUCGGGCCAAGAACCUCCACGCCCUGGCAGAGCGAGAGAACGAUACCCGCCGUCAGCACGCCUUCAGAGCCGCUUCAGCCUACUCAAGCAUCGUCCAAGAGAUUGCCGACGCGAAGAAAGCAGCCGAUGAGGCCACUGAAGCGGACUCUAAAACCACUAAUAUUAACACAAACCUCAGCGAGAAGGUUGGACCCGCUCUGAACCGUUCAAGGUCACUCCGCGACCAAGCGAUACAAGCGCUCGGAAUAGUCAACAACGCACUUGCACCCAACCAGACUAGAGCGGAGCUGGCUCUGCAGCAAGUCAAGAAGACGAUAGAGGAGUGCGAUGAUAGCAACAGCGCUAUUGUACUCUCCCUCCCAGUCAUCGAGAAGCGAUCCCUGCAAGACGAGAUGGACAAAGCCGAGAAGGUCAACCAUGCGGUCAAGAGCACUCUCAAACAGAUGUCUGACCUUGGCAACGAUCUGACCGCCAGCAAGCAGUCAGCUCAGACGCUGCCGAAGAAGGCUGAUGAGGCUCUGAAGAUGAAGGACAAUGUUGAGACGUUGGUGAACAAUAUCGAUGGUUUGAAGCCCAAGCUCCAACAAAAAUAUGACGGUGUCAGAGCACAGCAGGAAGAUUUUGAGAGACGCAAAGCUGAGGCCGCGAAAAAGCUUAGCAAGAUCAAGGAACAAAUUGAACAGGCACGCACCGUAGCCAACCGCGUCCAAGUUGGUGUAAACUUCGAUCGCUUCGCUACGCUCCAGCCACGGAUCCCUGAUACCAUCGACGAAAUGUCCACAUCUACUCAUGUGUCCGCUUACUUCAAGACCAGGUCUCCUGACGGCUUCCUCUUCUAUCUUGGCAACCCUGAGGGAACUAGCCUUAGGAGGACCAAAUCGGACGACUUCAUGGCAGUCAGUAUCCAAAACGGCUACCCCUACCUGGUCAUCGACAUCGGAGACAGCGCCGAGUCCGGUCGUGAGCCGAUGAGGAUCAACAGUGACAAGCGGGUUGAUGACGACAAGUGGUACCAGGUCAUUGUUGACAGGGUUGGAGGAAACGUAAAGUUCACAAUCCGUGAAGCUCUAGAAGAUGGAACGGAACAGAGCCACUCCAAGGAGGUCGUGCUGCCAGGACAACACACCAUUUUCAACCUGGACCGUCAGAAAUCCAAGCUAUACGUCGGCGGCGUCCCAUCAAAUUCCAAGCUGCAGGGCGUCAGUUACCCGGCGUUCGAGGGUCAAAUCGAGGAGCUCAUGCUCGGAGACACGCCCGUUGGUCUGUGGAACUUCGCGGCUGCGCAGAAACUUAAGGGUGCUAGGCAGAGAGACAAACUGAUAACCUCCCAAUCCGGUCCUCAAGAAUACCGCUUCAACGGACGCGCUCACGUCACCAUGCCCGUCCAAUCUCAUGACCCUCAGAAGAAUCAUGUGCUCCUCUUCUUCAGAACUUAUGCCAGGAACGGUCUGAUCUUCCUGGCUGGUGAUGAUAAGAACUUCUUCUCAAUUCAGAUGCAGGAUGGAAAAGUCUAUUUGCAGGUGUCCCUCGGCAACCCAGAAGAGUUGGUGAUCGUCGGAACCACCAAGGAAUACAACGACGGCAAAUGGCACAAGCUGGACGCUCGACGGCACCUCAAGAGCUGCUGGCUUAGCGUGGACAAUGAGAGCAGCCAGAUGGUGUCUCCGUCUACCCAGAGCGAGAUCUAUGCUGUAGAUAGCAUGAACUUCGGUGGCAACAACAAGGGUAUCAUCCAGAUCACUGACCAAGGAUUUGACGGAUGCAUGAGGCAGAUCAAUGUUAACGAAGCCAGUGUGGACCUUAGCAAGAACAGUGUGGAGUCUAUCGGGGUCGGAGAUGGGUGCAAGUUCGCAUCCCUAGUAUCCCUAUCAGGAGGCGACAGCACCCUUCGUUACAUGAACAUCUCCACUGAGGGAUUACAGUUGACCUUGAAGUUCAAGACAGACCAGCCUGACGGACUGAUAUUUGUCUACAUCAGCAGAACACAGACGCCUAUCAUGCAGGACAGUCUGACACUGUCUCUGACCAAUGGAAAACUAGUGCUAAUGAGUCCUCGAGACACUUUAGAUACGUCGCAGACAUACAACGACUCACAGUGGCAUGUGGUGACUGUGAGCCAUGGUGCCGCGCUCCGUAUGAGAGUGGACGAUUAUGACCAUUACAGCUCCGACUCAGCUCCAGAACCACUCAACAUUCUAGACGGCGUGCUCCUCCUCGGUGGCACGCACAACUACGUAGCCACUUACAAGGCGGCAACCAAGACUGCCUUCAGAGGUUGCAUAGCAGAUGCAACUAUCAAUGGAAGAGUGCUGAACCUUCUAGAGCCUGCCAGUAAACGAGGGGCUACGUUUGGACGGUGUGGGGACACUAUCAGUGGAUUCACUUCGUCAGAAACGACAUGGGAGGAGCCCAAAGUGGUUCCAACCCACCAUGUGCUGCCGACGGUGCCACCACCCGCGCCUGAAAAUCCCCAGGGCGAGGUGGAGACGCAGCCACCACCAGUCCGAGAGCCAGUCACCCGACCGCCUGUCACGAUGGCUCCUCCUUCAACCCUGCGGCCGACGACGCCGCGACCGGCGCCGCAGCCACAGCCGGGUUGCGCGCUGGCCCAUGACAAACAUUACACCAUCGGGGAUCCCACUGAGGGGUACAGGUUUGGUACUCGCCAAGACAGCCGCAUCGAGUACGCCAAACUGCCAGGCCGGCAGUCGGAUGAACUGGAUCUGAUGGUGACCCUGAGAACCUUCGACAAGCAUGGCGGUAUCAUCUUCUACGCCACUGCUGAAAGAGCCCAGGACCAGUUCCUGGCUAUUUAUAUGAAGGAUGCCCAGAUCCACUUCGCCUUCAACUGCGGCGGCGAGAGCGCCACCAUCGUCUCCCCGGACACCUACAGCGGCACAGACUGGCACACGAUCACGGUCAGCCGGACCAGCGGUCAUGGCAAGCUGACCGUCGACAACCAGAUGGUCGGCGAGGCCAGUGUGAGCUGCAACAACCCUGUGCCAUUGACUGCUCCGUACUAUUAUGGAGGGUUGAAGAGUGCUGAAACUGCGAAGGAACAUCUUGGAGAUUUCUACCAACCAUUCAAGGGCUGCCUCAAAGGCCUCAUCAUGAAUGGGCAGUACGUCACUGAAGUCCUACGUAGAGUCAACGCUCUACGUUGCACAGAUAACAUUGAAGACGGUGUCUACUUCGGGCCUUCUACGAAUACCACUAGCAAUUAUCUGAAGCUCCAAGAAAACAACUUCCGCGUCGGCCACAGCCUCUCCGUUUCCAUGGAGAUAAAGCCCCGCAACACGACCGGCUUACUUCUCGCCGUCCACGGCAAGAAGGACUAUCUGGUGCUGGAACUGCUGGAGAACGAGGUGGUGGUGAACGUGGAGAACGGGAGGGGGGAGUUCCACGCGAGCUACAAGCUGGGGGAGCCUACGUCGCUGUGUGAUGGGAACUGGCAUAAGAUCCAAGUGGUAAAAGCCCGUCACGUGGUAUCCGUCGGCGUCGACAACCACUUCGGUGACGCCGGCCUCGGCACCGGGCCUUCAACUGACACCCGCUCGGCGCUGUACAUCGGGGGCCACGAGAAGGCCGUGGCGCGGGUGCGCGGCGUCCGCUCCAAGCGGGGCUUCACGGGCUGCAUCAGGAACAUACAGAUCAGGGAGCAGCCGGUCGCCUUACCGCUGUCCGCGGCGCAUAGGGACACACACAUAGGCGCUUGCCCUGUCGAUUAGAGAUUUUAAUAAAAAUUGCUUCAUUUCUGUAGUGUCAGUGCUCCUUUUUAGAUAGUUUCACAAAAACCUGGCACAAAUUGAAUCAAUCAAAUGUUGCUACUUGAGAGUCAUGUGUAGAACAUAUUGCAUUUUUGAACUGAAUGGUAAAAAAGAUUUACCUACUCGAAUUCUACGUAUGGAAACAUUUUUUCACUGAAAUAACUCGUAAGUACGUGAAAUUUGAACUUUAUCAAUUCGAAUCUAUUUUAUAUGUAUAAGAAUAACUAUAUUGUAUUUUAUAUAUUUUAUACUAUACCUAAAUGUGCCAUAUUAUUGUAUCGAAACAAAGACAGUGAAAAUUAAAAGUAAUUGAGAAGUUAAUGUAAAUUUAUGAAACCAUACAAAUUGUGUUUUUGUAUAAAUAAUAGGACCUAUUAUACCUACAUAUUAUGUUUUUUUUUCAAUAGUUUACCGUUUACUAAAGUUUUAUUUUCUUUCUCACUCAUUUAUCUUCUGGUAAUUUAUAUUUUCACUGUUACAAUACCUUUUCUGUUUUUUGUAUACUGUAUUAUGUUUUAAUAUAAGUUUAUAUAUUAGCGAAAUAUAUUUGCCUCUCUCACCAAAUCAAUAGAAAUAAAUAGAACCAAA